AUGAACACUAUUUCAUGUAAACGCAAACGCUCUACCAUUACAGUAUCACAGAAACAAGAAGUUAUUAAAUAUCAUGAAAUUCAUCCAAAAUCUAGUCAACAAGGCAUCAAAAAGCAAAAAGAAAGACUUACAGUAACACUGGCAUAUAAUGCUGAUGGCAACGAAAAACCUCUUGUUAUUGGAAGAGUGUCCAAACCCCGAUGUUUUAAAAAUUUCAACUACAAACUUUAUGUAAAUUACAACUACAAUAACAAAGCUUGGAUGAACUUAAGUACGUUUAGCAGAUGGAUGAAAGAUCUUGAUAAGAAAAUGCGACUUCAGCGACAAAAAAUUUUACUGAUAAUGGACAAUGUCCCUGGACACAACAUACCCGAUAAACUCACCAACGUAGAAGUUCACUUUCUCCCACCGACAACAACGUGCUACCUACAACCCCUAGACCCCGGAAUAAUUUACAGCUUCCAAUCAAACUUCAAACAGCAUCAGGUAGACCAGAUAAUCACUCAACUAGACGAAAGCAGUACUUAUAACAUCACCCUAACUUAUGCUAUUCGAUGCAUCAAAACCUUUGCGACUCUGUGA